AUGGCCAUCCUCUCUUCCGGACUGUUCCAAGCAACAGCUGCGGCGCUGCUGCUGGCGCUAGGAGUCUACAAGUUCAUCAUAUACCCGGCCUUCCUUUCACCUCUGGCCAAGAUCCCAAAUGCACACUUUACCUCCCCGCUCUCCCCCCUAUGGAUCCUGUGGCGGAGAUUUCGAAUGGCCGGCAACAGGACGAUCCAUGCCGCUCAUAUGAAGCAUGGACCCAUUGUCCGCCUGGGGCCGUCAGAAGUAUCCAUAAACUGCUAUGAAGGUGGACUUCGAACGGUGUACACGGGUGGAUAUGAGAAGCAUGAAUGGUAUCCGCGGCUCUUUGGAUCUUUCGGAACUAUUAGUAUGUUUUCGAUGGUCGGGAGCAAGGAGCACUCGGUCAGAAAGCGGAUGCUUGCAAAUAUAUACUCCAAGUCCUACCUGCAGGCAUCGCCCCAGCUCAAGGCAGUCACCGAAGCUAUCCUCUUCGAUCGACUAUUCCCAGUCCUCGAGGAAUAUGCCAACUCAGAGUCCUCUGUUGAGGUCCACGAACUGAACAAUGCCAUAGCUUUGGACUUCAUUACUGCAUAUAUCUUUGGCUUGCCGGCUGCGUCGAAUUUUAUACAAAACCCAUCACUAAGGAAGGAAUGGUUCUCUAUAUAUCACAGUCGCAAAGAGUUUGAAUUUUACAUCCAAGAAACCCCGGAGCUACUUUCCUGGUCUCAUAAGCUGGGAUUUCCCCUGAUCCCUAAAUGGUGUGAUGACGCAAAUGCAUUCAUGGAAAAAUGGGGGCUAGAUACUUGCGACAAGGCAGAAGAAAACAUCUCUUCGUCAGAUCCCAUUGCCGAACCAGUUGUAUAUAGACAGCUGAAACAAGCGCUUCAAAGACACUUUGCUGCCAAUCUUGACCCUCGACUCGAGGCUAAGGAUGUCGCUCAGAAGAUACGGCUUGAAGUUGCCUGUGAGACAUUCGACCAUCUAACCGCAGGACACGAAACUAGUGCUAUAACCCUUACAUAUCUGUUCUGGGAGCUUUCGAAAAACCCGGAUAUCCAGGAGAAGCUAAGAAGGGAGCUGAAAACCCUCGAUCCCAACGUUAUUCCUUUGAGUCACAGUGGUAGCUCAAAACUGUCCUCUCACAAGUCAAUUGAUGCUCUGCCCCUUCUGGACGCAAUCGUCAUGGAGACUUUGCGACUCCAUCCACCCAUCCCAGGAAUUCAGCCCCGAUUGACUCCUGCAGACGCUUCUUUGGCUGGAUACCAUAAUUUACCGCCGAACACGCGAGUUAAUGCUCAGGCAUACUCUCUUCACAAAAACGAAGACGUCUUUCCAAAUGCCGAUAGCUGGCUGCCAGAUAGGUGGCUUGCCCCUGCUGGCUCUCCACAACUAGAUGAAAUGAAACGUUGGUUCUGGGCCUUCGGUAGCGGAGGCCGGAUGUGUAUUGGAAGCCAUUUUGCCUUACAAGGUAUAGUUAUCCUGCAUUUCAUCACCAUGAGCGAUGAGGCUUUGCUAACCUGA